AUAUAUGUAUAAUGGGCAAGUCUCUCAUAAGAUUACCCACCUGAUCUUCACAGUCAUCUCACGAUUGUCCGUAAUGAAUGACAAUUGUUGCGUGUUUAUCCCAACGGCUUGGGACUGAAGUUGAUUUGGCACAUUUUAGUUUAAUUAUUUAAUAAUAUAUAGAAAUGGUUUGAGUCACAAGAACAGGUGUAGGAUUAAGUUUAAUUGGAAUACAUAUUAUCUUGAAGUAGCUAAGCUAAGCCUAAGAAUGCGCCUUGGCUUGCUACAUGUAAACACACACAAUGGUAUUAAUUAAUUAAGCAACUAAUAUGGAAGCUAAUAAGGGCUGGACUAUUUGCUGCUAACUAAUUUCCGCUUGCAACAAAGGGAGUUGUCCCAGUGCUAGUGUACUAGUGUCUAGCAGACUAGCACAUUUGCUUUCGAAGACUUGCGUAGCUCCCACAUCGUCAGCUUGCGAACGCCUGCACUAAUUAGCUUAUUUCACAAAAUUUCCUACCACCAAAUACCGAUUGAAGAAACAAUAUGAGACUUUACCUACCAGAGUCCAGAGUCGUACCAAUCAACUGAUCCCAAGAGUUCCAGAUAUUUGUAUGGUGAAAUAUGAUGAAUUUCUAAUUAAAAAGAUUAACCCAUCAAAUUAUAGAAAAUCUAGCUUUGAAAGGAAAAGGAAAAAUUAAGGGAAACAAAAAGCACACUAAAAUUACAAAGCAACUUAAUUUGGCACAUAUCUAAAAGAUUAAAGAGAAGAGAAAGAAAGGGAUGCAGGGUUUAAUAUGUAUGUAUAUCAUGAACGUGUUCGUUGAUGGCCAUCUAAUCAUAAUGGAGAUCAAUUAUUAAUAUUGAAACAGAAUAAUUAGAUGACCAUCAACAAACAUAUCCAUGGUUGCAAAUUAAGCGCACUAAAACCACAGCUUCCAAAUCCAACUCCAACUCCAAUUCCCGUGUUAUCAAUACGAUACCAAAAGUCUUCGUGUGAGAUAUGGUCUCCUUAGAUACAUAAGCAAAAAGUAUAUACCUGGCAUCAUUCUCCUAGGUGCUAAUCCAAGCAUAUACUUUGAGAAUAUACCUUUCUUACAGCUGGCAAUUCGCUGGACCAAGGGGUUGAAAAGUGAAGGUUAGCUUGAAUGACACUGAAGUUUAUUUAUUUUUCUAAAAUAAUACAAUUCCAGAAACGAAACAAAAAUUCGUAUGAUUAUCAUGCAUUUAUAGCUUUUCUCCGUAUUUGUAUCAAUGCUUUGCUUUUUGGAGGCUAAAGCGCUUCCAAAAACCAGCAUUCAUGUGUGCUAAAAGAAUGUGGUUAAAAGUAAACGUGUAGACAGAUGAACGUGAUAAGAAAGAAAUGUUAUCCAUCUCUCAGGCUGCAUGCAAAAGUAAUUGUACCCAUUAAGGACAAGGAUCAAUUAGCCCCAGCAGUAAAUAAUACCAACAUUUUAUCAGCUUCCUGGAUUUUGCUACUGAGAUUCAAAAAUCGAAUAACCUGUACAAUGACAGAUCAAAACUUCACUUCUAAUUAAUUAAUCUGAUUAAAAUAAAUGAAAACAAAACAACUGCAGCCGCACGGAAUAAUCUGAGGACUGAUUUAGGCAUGCCUUUUCCAAAUAUACAAGACAAAAAUUAGCUAGCUAUGGCUGUGCAUAUCAUCAACGAUGUCAUCAUCCCAAGGCAAACAAAGGCCAACUAUUUUCUAGCUAAUCAAUCACUGGAUUGGAUAUUAUAUAUUUCUUGGUUGCCAACUACCCGGGUCCCAGGACCAAUUAAAGUUAAAUCCCCGAAUAAUAUCCAAUUAAUUUAGAAAACAGAGUUGAUGAUAUCAGGAAGAGGAGAGAGUGCAUAAAGAUUGCAUGCUUACCAAGCCUCUAAUCAAUUAACAAGGAGAGGAACUGCAAGAAGUCCAUGGAAAGAUGCAGUCUCCAACAUAUGUGUCUGCUUAUCCUAGUGGUGGGAUUUGGGUUGAUGGUGGUGGAGAUUUGAAUAGUGAUAGACUCUGCAGCCAAUGUUCCAAAUGUGAAUCAAGUAAAGGCCCUCCAAGUGAAGACUAUCCCCACAUGACAGCAUUUGAUGAUACUCUUAUCGCUGCUGCUUUACAGUCUGACUAUGUUGAAUCCAGGGACAGGGGAGUUUAUUCGGUUCCUAAUAUCAAGGGUGGCCAAUCAACUGAAUUUAAUGCCUAUUUUGAAUGGAAAUCUUCUUCUGAUUCAGCUUCUGGCUAUGACAGGUUUAGCAACUACAUGGACAAAUGCUCAGGGGGACAAACCUAUCUCACUGCGAACAAGCAUGGGAAAGUGAGACUUCGUUCAUUGAACUCACUCGAAACACUAGCAGAGGCUGACUGGAAAUCAAUAAAACCACCAGUGGAACUUAACCAUCGUGAAUUUCGAUCCUGGGUAUCUCAUAGUACAGGAAAAUGCCUUACGGUUUUCAAAGGAAAGAGCCAGAAUAACCAAACCCUGCGUACGUCUGACUGCAAGUUUGAUGGCUCAAACCUUUUCCAGCUCUUUGCCUUUCGCUUUCAUUACCACAAAGCCUUUUGCUGCUGUGGCAUUUACAACGACUAGUAGUUAAUUUCUUCAAAUAUGUUAUAUUAGUUGGGCAUACCCACACAUAUAUCAAAUCAAUUAUAAUAAUGGUAAUAAUCAAAACA